AUGUUCGCUGCCGCUGCGCUCGCUACUCUCGCCUUCGGCGCCAUCCAGGUCGCCGCACACGGUGGAGUACUCAGUUACUCCAUCAAUGGGCAGACCUACCAGGGCUUCAAGUCCUACAACACGCCCGUUGGUCAGACCAGCAUCCAGCGCGAAUGGGACACAUACAACCCCCUCACCGACCCGACUGACCCCUCACUCGCUUGCAACAGCAACGGCGCCAGCCUCGGUUCCGGUCAACUCUCUGCGACCGUUCCCGCUGGCUCGAAGGUCAUUGCGUACUGGAACCAAUGGCCCCACACCAUUGGCCCUGUCAUGGUCUACAUGGCUAACUGCAACGGUGCAUGCACGUCGGCGACGCCGUCGUCUCUCGAGUGGUUCAAGAUCGACGAGGCCGGCUUGAUCUCUGGUGACCUCCCGACGGGCACAUGGGGUCAGGGUGAGCUCGUUGCCAACAACAACAGCUGGACCUCCACCAUCCCCGCUUCCCUGGCACCCGGCGAGUACUUCAUCCGCCAUGAGCUCCUUGCCAUCCACACCUCCAAUCAGCCCCAGUUCUAUCCCGAGUGCGCGCAGCUCGUUAUCACCGGCUCCGGCUCGGCUCAGCCCUCGGGCUCGUACCUCGUCAAGUUCCCCGGCGCGUACAGCAUGUCCGACCCUGGUGUCAACAUCGACGUCUACGCUGAGUCUGGUGUCACCAACUACACCAUCCCCGGCCCGGCUGUCUGGCAGGGGUGA